UCCACAUCUUUUGCUGAAGCUACAAGGUCACGCACGAAACCACAUGUGCUCGGUGUGUAAUUCAUAUGCAAUGUUAUGUUCUUUAUGCAGGUGGAGUUUAAUCCAUGGCGUUUUUGUUUUUAGAUGCUUUGCACAGGUCGGAAGCUGCUGGCUCAUUCACGGAAUUGCAAACUCGUGGUAUGUCAUUUAUGGGAUAUGCAUCAUUAUGUUGCUGUCUUUCAUUGUUUACACCUUUUGUUUUUUUGUAGAUUUAUUAGCUAUGGUCAAAUCCUGUGGUCUAUUUUAUGUUCAGGCUCAUCAUACACACCAGUAUCCACACCCCUUGCUGGAGCUACAAGGCCACAUACGGAACCACAUGUGCUUGGUGGUUUAUGCAGGCCUGCUUCGACACAUGAAGUUGCCAGCUUCACAGAGUUGCAACCUCUUGAUUCAUCAUACAGGCCGGUAUCCACAUAUCCGACUGGAGCUACGAGGUCACACGCAGAUCCACAAGUGCUUGCCUUCAUGGAAAGGGUCUCACAGAUACUUAAUGGUAUUAAGCAGACCCAGCAGGCCCAUUCACAAUACCUUAAUGAGCUGCUCAGCAAUGCCAACAGUGCAUCUUCACAACCUUGUGACCUCCCUGAUUUGCCUUUUUCGGAUGCGACAGACAUGCUCGACUUUGACAAAAAGCUUGAGACAGACAGACAAGCUCUACAUCUGAUGGCACAUUGACUAAUGACAUCAGACACCCAGAUGCCACCCUAAAGGAUCUCGAGAGGGCUGCCAUGACUUGGUUCCGCCAUUCUGCCGAGCGAUUUGCUGCUCAACAAAUAUAAUUUUUGUAAUUUCGCUGUCAAAUAUGAUCAUGCUGAAGUCAGCUUGUUGCAGAUUAUCUGCAUGGCCUGUAUGAACAUAUUUUUUCACUAGUGGUUCAUCCUUUUUGUGUUGUUUUUAAUGUUACCGUUUGCCACAUUCAGAGCCAUCAUUUCCUUAAUGUGUUGUUUCCUGUGCCUAGCUGAAAUUUUUGUUUCCUGAAACUUAAUUUCUUUACUGGUGCACACAGCUUGCACUGCCUGCUUAACUCUCUUCUAGCAGUGUAGGAUUAAGAGUUAAGAGAGCGAAACUAAGACUAAUUAAAUGCAUCAUUGGCGUAACUUGAAAUACAGUUGUACAAUGUUUAAAAAGUGCACCGCAAUGUACACAAAAGCACCUUAGCAAGUAAAUACAACUUUGAAUUCUGCUCUACUGGAUGAGAGUUAAGCAGGCUGUGCACACCAGUAACGAAAUUAGGUUCCAAAAUUUCUCUUGGGCACAGGAAACAACACAGCAAAAGUUUAUUUUAAACUUUGUAUUAAUAGGUCCUGUGAGGAGAAUGUGACUUAAUUACAUUUGUGUUCAUCUUAUUGAUGGGAAGCGUGCAAUAAAAAUUAAC